AUGAACAACAACUACUUUUCACCUUCGUCGAAUGAAUAUUCAUCAUCAUACAAUUAUCCUUUCGAAUAUUCAUUACCAUAUGCAUCUACAUCUGUUUAUUUACCUCUAUUGCAACUACAUUGUCCUGUUCAUUCAUCUCAUACUUUUUAUACACCUCCAGCAUCAACAUCAAUGAAUGUAUCACCUCAUUCAUAUACUUAUUAUCAACAAGAACCACCGCAAGUAUAUUCUUCUUGUAUUCAACAACAGACUAUCAUACAUUCUGAUGUUGAUCAUACACCUCUUCGUCGACAUAAGUGUUUUAAAAAACAUGAACUUCAAAUACUUCAUCAAACAUUUAUUCAUGAUUCUCAUCCAUCAACAGAUGCUCUAGAACAAUUAGCUUCACAAUUGAAAGUUCCUAUGGAGAAAGUUCGUCAAUGGUUUAAAAAUCGACGUCAUAGUGAGAAGCAAAAAAAACGAACUAGCCUACCUGCACGAACAUCAACAGACACUUGA